AUGGAGCGGCUCCUCGAGGAGUGCUCCGAGCUCCGUGGCCGCGCCGUGCUCGUCCAGAUCACCAACCCGGCGCAUAGUCAUGGCCGCGACGUCGAGGAGGUGGCCGACGAGGCUCGCUCCAUCACCCGCUACAUUAACGCCCGCUUCGGCCGACCCGGCUACAACCCCAUCGUCCUCGUCGACCGCCCCGUGUCGACCUUCGAGAAGGUCGCUUACUACGCCGCCACCGAAUGCGUCGUCGUCAGCGCCCGACCCCAUGGAUCCGCCGUGGUCCUCGCUGAGCGCGACCGCGCCUGCUGCUCCGGUGUCGACAUUACCGCCGACGAGAACACCUUCAAAGGCGACGUCAAAGACCCUAACGCCGCUCCUGCCAUCGCCAUGGCCGCGUGCCGCAAGCCCAUCGCCAGCGUCAUCGCCGGAUUCGCCGUCACCGCCGGGUUCGAGAUCGCCUUCGCCUGCGACCUACUCGGUGGGCCGCGACGCCAAGUUCGUCAACACCGGCCCCGCGCGUCUCCUCCAAACUUAGCUGAGCGCCUACGCGAACCUCAGAGGCUCAUCGACAACGGCAUGACCGCGUGCCAGCUCGCGCUGAACCAACUCAUCACCGCUUACCAGGUGUUCGAUCUGUGGCCACAACGAGCCGCAACGUCGGUCCAGGCUGCGGCGUUUAAGGCGGAGCACGCGCAAGCGGCGGACGCGCUACAGAAUGUGCCGACGAUUGGUGCGCGGCGACGGGCUGAUCGUGGACGUCAACGGUGA